CCGUGCCAUUUUCCUGCUUGUCCCCAACUGUCACCGGGUCGUGUUUGUCACCCAGAGUGUCCCCACAGUGUUCCCAAGGCAUCCCGGAGUGUCCCUGGAGUGUCCCCAGCGACCAUGGAGCCCCUCGAGCUGUCCCCGGCCCUGCUGCAGCCGCAGGUCACCGUGGUGGCCAUCCUGGGCGAGCUGCUGGCCACCGCGCCCAGUCGGGAUGAGGAGAUGCUGCUGUCCAUGUCGGCAAGGUGCCUGUACUGGGACCUGGUGGACUUCACCAGGGAGCUCCGGGAAAACCUGUCCAGCACUGGUGGCAUCUGGUGGUGCAGCCUUGUCAUCUACUCUGGUAACUGUUCUUACACCUCCCUGAGCCGGGCCCUGGCUGUCUACAAGAGCACCCCACGGCCCCCCUGGGACAAUGUGACAUCGGUGGUCGGCAAUUGGAAGUGGUCGGUGUCUGGGCUUCUGGACAGGUGGGCCCAGCUGGCCAGGAAAGCCACCCAACUCCGCAACACCUGCAGGGAGGUGGCCACCAAGGCAGACGACAUGGUGGCCACCACCUGGGCCAGGGAGCUGCAGGGCAAGGCUGCCCGUGAUGGGACAGCUCAGGAAAGCAUGGUGGAGCUGGGUCAGGCUCUGGGCAGGGAGGAGGGGGCAGAGGUGGUGGCCCGGGUGAGGAGAGAUGCCAGGGUAGCUGCCAACUGGGCAACCAUGGCCACCACGGUGACACAGAGGGCGGAGGCGGCCCUGGGGCUGCUGGAGCGCUUGGUGGCCGCGUGUGACAAAGCCACUGCCUUCCCCCGGGAGCUGCAGCGCCUGCUCAGGGACAUUGAGGCCUCUGUGAAGGGGACAAAUGAGGCAUCCCCCAAUGUCCCUGAGGACUUGGUGGCCAAGGUGGCCGUGGCCGAGCAGCUGUGGGAGGCCAACGCCUGCCUGGCCAAGGAUCACCUUCUGGGGACAGUUGAGGACAUCAUCCAGUUUUAUAUCAAUGAUGAUCCCGCCAGCCCCAGUGCCUGUGGGGUGGCCGAGAGGUGCCAAAGAGUCAUCGAGGACAUCCCAAGGCUCAUUCAAACCCCAGAGAGACGCCAGAGCAUCCCCAAGGUGUCCCCAGUGAGCAUGGAGCUCCAAGAGCUGUCCCCAGCCCUGCUGCAGCCACAGGUCGCUGUGGUGGCCAUCGUGGGCGAGCUGCUGGCCACCCUGCCCAGGCGGGCUGAGAUGAUGCUGCUGCCUGUGUCCCCAUUGCGCCUGUACUCAGAACUGGAGAAAUUCACCAGGGAGCUCCGGUCCACCCUGUACAGCAUUGAUGACACCUGGUGGCACCGCAAUGUCACCACCAAUGAGGAUGACCCUCCCACCUCCCUAAGCCAGGCCCUGGCCACCUACCAGAGUGCCCCAUGGACCACCGAGAACCCUGUGGCAAUGGCAGCCGACGAGUGGCAGUCAAUGGCGAUUCGCCUUGAGGUCAGUUGGGAGUGUCUGGCCAGGAGGGCCACCUGGCUCCGCAACACCUGCAGAGAGGUGGUCACUGAGGCAGCCAAUAUGGUGCCCACGGCCACCACCCGGGCCAGGGAGCUGCAGCACAAGGCUGCCUGUGAUGGGACAGCUCAGGAAAACGUGGUGGAGCUGGGUCAGGCCCUGGGCAGAGAGGAGGGGGCGGAGGUGGUGGCCGGGUUUGAAGCCCCGGUGAGGAGAGAUGCCAGGGUGGCUGUCAGCUGGGCAGCCAGGGACAGCAUGGUGAGACAGCGGGUGGAGGUGACCCUGGGGCUGCUGGAGCGCUUGGCGGCCGCGUGUGAUGCAGCCACUGCCUUCCCCCGGGAGCUGCAGCACCUGCUCGAGGGCAUCAGAGCGGCCAUGGAGGAGACAAAUGAGGCGUCCCCCGACAUCCCUGAGGACUUGGUGGCCAAGGUGGCUAUGGCCAAGCGGAUGUGGGAGGCCAACGCCCGCCUGGUCAAGGAUCACCUGGUGGGGACAGUUCCAGACACCAUCAAGUUCUUGUUCAAUGGUGGCCCCACCAGCCCCAGUGCCUGUGAGGUGGCCGAGCGGUGCCAAAGAGCCACUGAGGACAUCCCAAGGCUCCUUCAACCCCUGGAGAGUCCCCAGAGCAUCCCCAAGGUGUCACCAGUGAUCAUGGAGCUCCAAGAGCUGUCCCCGGCCCUGCUGCAGCCACAGGUCACUGUGGUGGCCAUCCUGGGCGAGCUGCUGGCCACCCUGCCCAGUCGGGACAAGGUGAUUUUGCUCGGGUCUGCAGUGAGCCUCUACAGGGACCUGGAGGAAUUCACCAGGAGGAUCCGGGUCACCAUGUACUUCACUGAUGACACCUGGUUCUGCCACAAUGUCACCUCCUAUGAUGAUAACACUCCCACCUCCAAUGAUGAUGCUCCCAACUCCCUGAGCCAGGCCCUGGCCGCCUACAAGAGCACCUCAGGGACCCGUCGGAAUCACGUGAUAAUGGCAGCCAGCAAGUGGCAGGAAUUGGUGGCCGCGCUCGUGGACAGGUGGGCCGAGCUGUCCAAAAAUGCCACCAAGCUCCGCAACACCUGCAGGGAUGUGGCCACCAAGGCAGACGACAUGGCAACCAUUAUCCAGGCCAGGCGCCUGCAGGACAAGGCUGCCCAUUAUGGGUCAGCUCAGAAAAACGUGGUGGAGCUGGGUCUGGCCCUGGGCAGGCAGGAGGGGGCCAAGGUGGUGGCCGGGCAUGAAUCCUGGGUGAGGAGAGAUGCCAGGGUGGCUGCCAGCUGGGCAACAACGGCCACCAUGUUGAGACAGCGGCUGGAGGCGGCCCUGGGGCUGCUGGAGCGCUUGGUGGCCGCGUGUCACGAAGCCACUGCCUUCCCCCGGGAGCUGCAGUGGCGGCUCAGGGACAUUGAGGCCUCUGUGAAGGGGACAAAUGAGGCAUCCCCUGCUGUCCCUGAGGACUUGGUGGCCAAGGUGGCCGAAGCCGAGCGGCUGUGGGAGGCCAGCCACCACCUGGCCAAGGAUCACCUGCUGGGGACACUUCAAGACAUCAUCGACUUCUAUUUUGAUGGUGAUCCCACCAGCCCCAGUGGGGUGGCCGAGCGGUGCCAAAGAGCCAUUGAGGACAUCCCAAGGCUCCUUCGACCCCUGGAGCGUCCCCAAGGUGUCCCCAAGGUGUCCCCAGUGAGCAUGGAGCUCCAAGAGCUGUCCCCGGCCCUGCUGCAGCCACAGGUCACUGUGGUGGCCACCCUGGGCAUGCUGCUGGCCACCCUGCCCAGGCGGGACGAGAUGAAGGUCAUGUCCGCAUUGCACCUGUACUGGGACCUGGUGGACUUCACCAAGGAGCUCUGGGUCACCCUGUACCGCAUUGAUGACACAUGGUGGCACCACUAUGUCACCUCCCAUGAUGAUGAUCCUGUCACCUCGUUGAGCCAGGCCCUGGCUGCCAAUGAGAGCAACCCAUGGACCCCCCGAAACCAUGUGACAAUGGCAGCCAGCAAGUGGCAGCGGUCAGUGACUGUUCUUCUGGAGGGCUGGGCCCGACUGGCCAGGAAAGCCACGAAGCUCCACAACACCCGCAGGAGGGUGGCCACUGAGGCAGAAAGCAUGGUGGCCACUGCCACUGACUGGGCACGGCUCCCGCAGACUGUCGCUCACCUUGAUGGGACAGCUCAGGAAAACAUAGAGGAGCUGCAUCUGCCUCUGUUCAGGGAGGAGUGGGCCAAGGUGGUGGCCGGGCAUGAAGAUCGGGUGAGGAGAGAUGCCAGGGUGGCUGCCAGCCGGGUAACCACGGCCACCAUGGAGAGACAGCGGCUGGAGGCGGCCCUGGGGCUGCUGGAGCGCUUGGUGGCCGCGUGUCACGAAGCCACCGCCUUCCCCCGGGAGCUGCAGCACAGGGCUGGGGACAUCGUGGCCACCCUGAAGGGGACAAAUGAGGCAUCCCCCAAUGUCCCUGAGGACUUGGUGGCCAAGGUGGCCGUGGCCGAGCGGCUGUGGGAGGCCAACGCCCGCCUGGCCAAGGAUCACCUGCUGGGGACACUUCAAGACACCAUCAAGUUCUUGUUCACUGGUGGUCCCACCAGCCCCAGGGGUGUGGUCGAGCGGUGUCAAAGAGCCAUCGAGGACAUCCCAAGGCUCCUUCAACACUUGGAGCGUCCCCAAAGUGUCCCCAAGUUGUUCCCAGUGAGCAUGGAGCUCCAAGAGUUGCGACAGGGUGGGGAGGGGACAGCAGUGGGGCAAGGGGGUGGCAGAGGGGACAGCAGAGGGGGCAGGGGGCUGGAGGAGCUACGAGGGGAGGGGCAGGGGAUGGCAGAGGGAACAAGAGGCUGA